GUUAAAAAAAAAACGCAAAACUGAAACAUUUAACAAACAAAAAUCAUGUCAAGUUGGAGCUUAGCCAGUUCUAUAUCGCCCAAUGUAACCGGCUCUGAUGUCAUAAGGCUGAAAAGUCUACAAAUUAAGGCCAAUUCUGAGACAAAUUUAGAUAGAGCAACAAUUACAAAAACCACAUCGACAACAAAAACAACUGCUAAAUCGACAGCAUCUCUACCACGGCCCAUCACUCCGAUACCUGCAAAGAAAUUCCUCUCCAAACGACCACCACAUGUGACCUUAAGUAUCCAACAACCAACAUCACCAUCAACAUCUUCAUCCGCCUUCAAUCCUUUGGGACCGGUGGAGACGGAUGUACUAACUGCCUCAUCGGUUUAUUAUACACCAUUGGGUGGCGCCACACCAAGUUCACCCAAUGCCAGCGAAGCGGCCACCACUUCAUCAUCCACCUGCCAGAGCCAGAACACCAAUCCCACCAGCGCUAGCUCAACGAGUGGCUCCAUAUUUCCACACGAGCAAUAUAAGACAAUUAAGAAGAUCAAUAUAGGAUUCGAAAAUGUUCGAUAUAGCAGCAAAUUUGGAUUCUUCAAGAGAGAAAACAAAGACAUUCUCUUGGGUUUAACGGGUUACUUCAAAUCCGGCGAACUAAGCGCCAUAGUUGGACCAUCCGGAGCCGGGAAAAGCACCCUGCUCAACAUAUUAUCAGGAUACACAGCCUUUGGUUAUACGGGUGACUUUCGCAUCAAUGGCAAUCGACGUGAUUUAAAAGCCUUCAAGCCAAAUGUGGCCUUCAUCACACAGGAUACUAGUCUGCAACCGUUUCUGACGGUUAAAGAGGCCAUGCAUUUUGCAGCCAAUCUAAAGAUCGGCUCACACAUGUCAAAAAGUGAGAAGAGAGAGCGGGUGAUAAGUAUUUUGCAGGCAAUUGGGAUGUAUGAGAAUCGUCAUACCCGCACUGGACAAUUGAGUGGAGGUCAAAGGAAACGUUUGGCCAUUGCCUUAGAAUUGGUUAACAAUCCUCCUGUCCUAAUACUCGAUGAGCCAACCACGGGCCUAGAUAGUUCUACCUCAAAUCAGUUAAUCAAUCUACUGAAAAAACUCGCCCUUGAAGGACGCACUGUACUCUGCACUAUACAUCAGCCAUCAGCACUAACAUUCGCCAUGUUCGAUCAUCUUUAUGCCAUAUCCGAGGGUAAAUGCAUUUAUUCUGGUGGCCCUCAAAAUUUGGUACCAUUUUUGGCUGCCUUGAAUUUGAAUUGCCCGGAAUCCUAUAAUCCCGCCGAUUAUUUGAUGGAAAUAGCUACCCAUGACUAUGAUACACCCGAGGAGCAGCAGAUGGAUAAACUAGUAACCCUAAUGGAUAAUGGUCGGAAUGAGGACUAUCGCCAAACAAAAUCGGCUAGAGUAGCACAAUUAGCUGCCAUGAAGAAAGUUGAUCAAUUAAUGGCCGCUGGUUUGAUAACACCCGUAACUGCACCAGUUAUGUCUACGCCCAUGCUGCUUCAACAUCAUAUAUCACCUCAACAGAAUCAGCCAAUGUUCAAACCUUUGACACCGAUCAAUGAACUAUCCUCACGGAUAUGGGACAGCCAGCUAUCGACAGCAGGCAAUGCGAAUGAUAGCGAAAAGAACUGCUGCAAGCCAAAGAAACAAAAAAAGAAGAAAAAGAAGACGAAACCCACAUUGGAUUUAGAUUUGGAUCCUGCCAAUCUAUGCAAACGCGAGAAUAUCUAUGCGACACCAUUUUAUCGUCAAUUAAGCAUUUUGCUAUUACGUACAUUUCUAUUGAUAUGGAGAGAUAGCUCAUUGACUACCUUGAGAUUUGUGAUACAUUUUGUCACCGGUCUAUUGAUUGGGACACUAUACUAUAAUAUUGGUAACGAUGCGGCACAUACAAUGAAUAUUUUUCGAUAUUGUUUCUAUACCAUCAUGUUUGUGAUGUAUUGCGCUUUUUCAGGAAUACUCGUCAAAUUUCCCUUGGAAUUUCCGAUAGUUUCGCGUGAACACUUUAAUCGUUGGUAUUCCCUGCGAGCCUAUUAUGUGGCCAUAACACUGGCCGAUCUACCCAUUCAGAUCAUCUGCAGUGCUCUCUUCAUAGUGCCAACAUAUUUAAUGACAAAUCAACCUCUGGAGUUUUGGCGUUUUGGACUCUUCUUUUUCAUUGUCUUUCUGACAGCCCUGGUGGCCCAGAGUAUUGGAUUGGCUGUGGGAGCAGCGCUGAGCAUGCAAAUGGGAGCCAUAAUGGGACCAUUUUUCAUUUGCCCAUUUCUACAAUUCAGUGGCUUCUUCCUGCAGGAGAAGGAUGCUCCGGUUUAUUUGCGUUGGGUGUUUGACAUAUCAUUUCUUAAGUAUAGCCUAGAUGGGACUAUGAUGGCCAUAUUUGGCUAUGAUCGCGAACAAUUGAUAUGUGAAGAUAUCUAUUGCCAUAUGAUGCGUCCGAAAUAUAUACUUAAGAAUUUGGAUAUGGCUCGGGCGAAUUAUGAAUUGGCUGUUAUAUUUAUGAUUUGUUUAUUCAUAUUUCUACGUAUUAUUGCCUUCUAUAUUAUGUCAUUUCGACUCAGAUUGUUCAGAUAGGAAGCUAAAAGGGACGUGCUGAAAACAUUCCCAUUAAAAUCAAAAACAUUUUUGUGCCAAAGAAUUGAAAUGGUUAGAAAAUAUAAUCGUGAUAUAACUAAAAAGAAAUAAAAAUCGGUUAACGGAGAUCAAUAACUGUAUAUAUAAAUAUAUAUAUAUAUACAACCUACCUACAUAUAGUGCAUAUAUAGGAUUUUUAAUUUUGUAAUGUGAAGCAUAUUGAAUUUUUGUAUUAUAUUAACGACCAAUUUUUUUUUCUUAUUUGCUUUGCCUAGUUAUAAUAACGACAAAUUGAAUGUAUUUUUUAACAUUGAACAUCCGAUUUUAAGAUGUUCUCAGUUUUUGAAAAACAAAACCAAUAAUGUUUAUGAA